AUGGGAACGCGACUUCGUAAUCUUAAAAAAUCAUCGAAAAACCUCGGAGGAAAAGGAAAAUUAAGUGCCAAAUUAAUAGACGAGCUGACUAUUUAUUAUGGUUUGGCCAUUCGUCGGAACCCAACAUCCUUAGAUGACAUGAAAAAUGAAAUUUGGGCGACCUUAUUUCAUAAGUUAUCAACUGACGAAAAUCCGCAACACGAGAAGUGCUCGAAAUCUUGGUGCAAUUGGAAGAAGGCGCAAGAAGCAGAUACCUUGGACACUUUCCGUCACAAGUCACCGCUUUCCGAGGAAGUUUACGAAGCCAUAAAACCUAUUUAUGAAGAUUUGAGUCGGGACGAGUUACUAAACCGUUGCCUGGGCGGUUACACGCAGAAUAGUAACGAAAGUUUUAAUGCGACAGUGUGGAAUUUGGCUCCUAAAUCGUAUUCAAGCGGCAAGACAGUCCUAAAUAUAGCAGCGGAUAUCGCUACAUGCGUCUUUAAUGAUGGAAUAACUAAUAUUUUACGUAUUAUGCAGCUUCUGGAAAUGGAAAUUGGCGUCGAAGCAUAUAAUUUUUGCAUCGAAUCCGAUGCAAAACGAAUCAAGCACGCAGAGGCGCAAUUAUCAGAUGCGGCAAAAAAAGCGCGCUCUGGCAUAACAUCUGCGAGGAAAGAAAUGGAGGACGAAUAUUCCAACUUAGAAGGGCAGCUUUACGGUGCUGGGAUUGCAGACUAAUGGUUCAAAUUUCCAACAGCUACACCGCUUGCCGCGGACCCCUUUAUUUUAAAGGAGCAUCGGGAAUAUGGCUGCCAUUCCGCCAUUUUGUAAUAUUAUUUUAUGAAAAANUUUUUACAAGUACUUCAAUAUAUGCUUAUUAACUUUA